UUUAACAUUUCAUAGUAUUUAUGUCACCUUUACCAUCGUUUGCUACUGUAUUCACGGUACCAUAUUCCAUUAAAUUCAUCCUAUUUUAAAUGUAUGAUUUUAAUAAGAGUAAUUUUUACAAUAUAAAAUUUUAUAACUUAAUGGACAAUGUCAAAUCAAAAUGGAAGAAAGAAAUAAAUUUUUUGUAAAAAAAAAGAAAAAGAAAAAAAAAGGACAUUAAACAAAACAAAAGCUGCGUGUUUGAGCAGCCUAAACCCUGCAAACCCAAGCUCAAACUUAUGCCCAACACUCUCAUAAACCCUAAAUUAGAACUUCAACCCAUUUUUCAACUUGUUCAGCUCUUAAUUACUCUACUUCUUCUUCUUCACCUGUUAUUUACAAAUUCAACAAAAAAAAUUUAAGUUUUUUGUAGGGAUUUCAGGCUUAAAUUUCCCCCAAAUAUGUCCUUUUGUGACAAUGGAACUCACUGAAUUUCAACAACCCACCAAUUAUCAGCGAUGUUAUUGUUUCUUCGCACUUUCUUUGGCGUUGUUGGUCGCAGAAACUCCCUUUCCAAUCGCAUAGGUGCGUCCAUUGUUGCCCCUUUUCCUCAUAAUAAUAUGCCUUUCUCUCUCCUCCCUUCGACCCACUUCAUCAUUUGUCCUUUACAAUGCAAUUUGAUGAUCUGGGUCACUGGUUUUUUGUUAAAUUUUAAAUAUCCUUUUAGCAGUAAAGUAAAUUCUGAUUGUUUCAAUGAAGUUUUUGAUAGAGAUUAUAUGAAAAAAUUAGUUCUUGAAGAGAGGUGGAAUGAUGUUAGGAUUGAGAGUUUGUUUGAUUCUGCAUUAGCCCCAAUUUUAGUUUCAAGGGCUUUAGUUGUAUUGAAGGAAGAACCUAAAUUAAUGAUGAAGUUCUUUCGGUGGGCGAAAACGCGUAUUGGGUUUAGGUAUUCUACUGAAUCUUAUUGUAUAGUGAAUCAUAUCUUGUUUAGUAGUAGAAUGUACCAUGAUGCUAACUUGAUACUGAAAGAAAUGAUACUUUCAUCGAAGCCAUGGCCUGGUUUGGAUUUGUUUGAUGCUUUGUGGUUGACAAGGAGCGUUUGUGUUACGGGUUAUGGAGUGUUUGAUGCGUUUUUUAGUGUGUUGAUUGAAUUGGGAAUGCUUGAUGAGGCUAGCCAGUGUUUUGAGAGGUUGAAGAAAUAUAGGGUCCUUCCUAAGGUGCGUUCGUGUAACAACCUUCUAAAAAGGCUUUGUGAAUCGGGUAGAGGUGGGACGUCGAGGAAGAUUUUCAGUGAUAUGCUUGGGGUUGGGAUGUCCCCAUCUGUGUUUACUUAUAACAUAAUGAUAUGUGAUAGAUGCAAGGAGAAGGAUAUGGUAGGAGCUAUGACAUUGUUUAGUCAGAUGAAAGAUAGCGGCUUAAUACCGGAUAUUGUUACAUAUAAUACACUGAUUGAUGGGCAUGGAAAGCUUGGCCUGUUAAAAGAAACAAUAAAUAGUUACGUGGAGAUGAGAGAAGUAGGUUGUCGUCCUGAUCUUAUAACAUAUAAUACUCUGAUUAAUUGUUUUUGUAAAUAUGAAAAGUUGCCUCAAGCUUUCGAAUUUCUUCGUCAGAUGAAAAGUGAUGGUUUGAAGCCUAAUGUUGUAACAUAUAGCACAUUAAUUGAUUCUUUUUGCAAAGAAGGGAUGAUGAGAGAAGCUAUGAAAUUUUUUGUUGAUAUGAGACGUCUUGGUCUCUCUCCAAAUGAAUAUACAUAUACUUCUUUGAUUGAUGCGAAUUGUAAAAGCGGAAACCUUGGUGAAGCGUCAAAAAUAGUGAAAGAGAUGUUGGAGGUGGGGCUUAACCUAAAUGUUGUAACUUGUACUGCUCUGAUGGAUGGCCUUUGUGACAAAGGGAAAAUAGAAGAAGCAGAGGAAUUAUUUAAUACUAUGCAGAAAGCUGGCAUAAUCCCAAACCAGAAAACCUACACUGCUUUUAUCCACGGCUGCAUUAAAGCUGGGAAGGUGGAAAAAGCAAAAAAUAUCCUAGAAGCAAUGAAAAAGAAAGAAAUAAAGACAGACGAGACUCUUUAUGGCACCCUUAUCUGGGGACUUUGCAAUGAAGGAAAAGUUGAGGAAGCUAACGUUUUAGUAACUGAAAUGAAACAAAUUGGUCUUGAGGUAAAUAGCCAUUUGUUCACAACUCUGAUAGAUGCUUAUUUAAAAGCAGGGAAUGCCAUAAAAGCUCUUGAACUUUUCCAGGAAAUGCAAGAGUUUGAAAUCAUGCCUACUCUAAUAACAUUCAUUGUGUUAAUUGACGGUCUCUGCAAAUUGGGACUGAUCUCGGAUGCAGUUGACCAUUUUUACAAAAUGGAAGGUUCGGGUUUACCUCCCAAUAUUUCUAUCUAUACGUCUCUGAUUGAUGCUCAUUGUAAAAGUAAUUGCAUGGAAGUGGCAAAAAGGCUUUUUGAUGAAAUGCAAGCAAAGGGGAUAGUUCCAGAUGGAUCUGUUUUCACAGCUUUGAUUGAUGGGAACUCAAAGCAUGGAAAUGUUGAAGAAGUCUUUAACUUAAUCAGCAAAAUGACCAGUUCUGGUUUGCAGCUGGAUUUGUAUGCUUAUACUUCUUUGUUACAGGCUUACUUUAGAGCAGGGGAUGCAAAAGGGGCCCUUAAUCUGUUUCAGGAAAUGCAGAACUUGGGCAUUGCUCCAACACUUGGGACUUACACGGUCUUGAUUGAUGGUAUGUGUAAAUCAGGAUUGGUUGAGGAUGCACUGGACCAAUUUCGUAGGAUGGAUGGUACUAUUAUAUCUCCAAAUGUUGUCAUAUAUACAGCUUUAAUUGAUGGUCUUUGUAAAAGCAACUGCUUGGAGAUGGCUAAAGAACUUUUUAGUCAAAUGCAAGCUAAGGGUAUGGUUCCAGAUGUAGCUGCUUUUACAGCUUUGAUCUCUGGCAAUUUAAAGUUUGGUAGCAUUGAGGAGGCAUUUAAGUUGAAGAAUGAGAUGAUUGAUAUGGGUUUGGAGCUUGAUUUACAGGCAUACACCUGUUUGGUUCAGGUGCUUGCUAACUUUGGUCAACUUGAAGAAUCAAGAAUGUUAUUUGAUGAGAUGAUCAGGAAGGGUAUUCGCCCUGACAAAGUUAUAUAUGGUGUACUAGUGAGAAAAUAUCGUGACCAUGGAAAGGCUGAUGAGGCUGUAAAAUUACAAAAUGAAAUGAUUAGGAAUGGUCUCUUGACUGAAGAUAGAAACUCUGCUGCUAUGGUGCACAAUCACUGUAGAUGAUGGUAUGAAGCUUCAACACUUUUUGUGGGAUGUUUUAUCUUGUUUGAGAAUUUCUAGAAACCUUAUAAUUGCAGUGAACAAGUCAGCUCAGCCAAUUUGUGUUCAUUCAUGAUGUUUCACACAAACCCUGGAUGCUGAUAAAAAUUCCGAUCUCUGGUUGUUCAUAGAGAAAAUUUCAUCCUUGAGUGCACAGGCUCCAUGUGGCAAUGAAAAACACAAGAUUGAUGAUGCCAUUCUCGCUUACAGAUCAAUCAUCAAUUGUUUUUCUAAGGAGAGGAGCCAGUACUACUCACGUAUGUGCCUUUGGUUAUCCAACAAGAUAAUGUAAGCAUUCAAUCCUUUCAACUUUCAGCUUUAGGCACUACUAAUAUAUUCUUCACAUAUUUAAACAAGAUGCAUCAAUUAAGGAAAUCACAAGAGUGCCUUAAGACAAAUUGAGAUCCUCCCGGGUUAUCAGAGCAGGUAAUUACAAACUGUUGAAUUUUGACAUAAUCAAGCUUGUCUUAUGAGUAUGGUUGUGAAACUGAUGCCUCAUGUACCCGCGACUUUCACUGCUGACAGUAGGCAAAGAUUUGCUGCUCUGCUUUCCUUCCAUGUAAGUGAUUACACUUUAUUCCUAUGAUAAAUUACCAAACAGGCUACAGUCAAGACAAAGUGUGCAAACAGAGAAGAAAAAAGGGACGUGUAGGGGAGAUGAUGGAAGGAAGAAGAAAAGGACAAAGAUGUGGCAUUCCUUCCUUAAAGCCCACCAAUCAAAGACUGUAAGAUCAGCUGGUUGGCUCACCUCCAGAAGACGGCCAAAUCAAGUAGAAAGGCGACAACUUUAAGCUACAGUAAAAUCAAUUCUGAGGUGUAUGGAUUCCUCUAUUGGCUAGAAAAUGAGGAUGUCCAGAUCUACAUAGCCUUGUUCCCAACCAUGGCCAUGAUCAGUCAAAAGUUCAGUGGUAGAUAAAUUGUAUGAAAAAUAAACCCAUAGGCGUGAGAUUGCCAUAAGCUGGCCUUAAGUCCGAGCUCCAAAGCAUUUUACAGUUUUUAUGAUGUCUUUAAGAAUCCAACAGUUAUGUUGCCAUAAGUACAAAUUAUGAGAUCUUAUACCUCAAUGUUCAUGUACAAGUCUUGAUGGAUUUGCAAGGUAAACUUGCCAGUAUUAAGGCUCUAAACACCUUUAUUUUGACAUUGUUCUUGUAAUCGUAUGUGUUUUGCAGUCCUUGGAUCUCCUUGAGGCCUUACCUCCAUGGAUACUUCUAUUUGUCACAAGUACAUGAUACAUUUUUUCUAUAGUUGCCAUGAAUAUAGUUUCUUCGAUUUAUUUAGUA